GCUCUCCAUCCAUCCACCAAGACCACUCUCUAGUCGCUACUCACUACCACUCACUUUAGUAGUCCCAACUCUUAACUCAGUCUUCCAUUGACGCUCACACAGCCUACAUUCACACAAAGCUCAAUCAUAUAAAUAAUAAUAUUUGUGAAUAUAAAUGUGAUAAAGUACAAAUAGUGAUCCGAUCUAAUCAAACGCCUUGCAAGCGUGCACAGCAGAGCUUAUAAAUUGUACUGUACUCGACAAAAUGUAAUCUUUUUGUAAGUGAUCCACAAAUUAGAAAUAGCUGAAUGCGGUGUCUCUGAGUAACCUAUUCCGUAGUGCGGUCACCUUACCUUCAGACGAAAUGAAGGUUCCUCCUAUCACCCUUCCUACUGGUAUGGAUCGACUCCCUCUCCCCCUGCCCUUCUCCCCCGACCUGCUUUGGAGGUAUCCCAACCCCUUCGUUCCUCCACCUUCUCCUCUAGAGACUCAUGUCAAGAGUGGACUUCCAGGAGGUCUACCAAGCGACCCUAAGUCGUGGAACCGUGAGGAUGUGUCCCUGUUUAUGUCCUACUGUGAGAGAGAGUUUGAUCUGGAGAAGAUUGAGAUGGACAAGUUCCAGAUGAAUGGUAAAGCAUUGUGCUUCCUGUCCAAGAACGAUCUGGCCGAGCGAUGCUCAGGAGCCGGCGAUGUCAUCCACAACAUCCUACAGAUGCUGCUCAGAGAAGCAUCAGCCUUUCCCUCCUCUCCUCUUACUCCCCGACCACCUGGCCUCAUGACCCCAACCUCGCCCUCCCCUUUCCACUCUCACUGGCCCCUCCUUAACUCCUCUGCAUCUGAAACCUUCCCCAACCUGUCCCACCUCAUUUCACAGACAAACUCAGUAACCCUAAGCCCCGCCCCCUCCUUGGACUCCACCUCUGGACACUCCCCCAAGCAGGAGAACAUGAUGUGCUCCCUUCCUCCUCUCUACCUACCCUCACAUCUUGCUCCAGGGACUGGAUCUUCAAACUCAGAUUCAGAGGACUCCAUGGUGGAUUCACAGAGAUCCCCAACCACCCCAGCCACACCCACUUCCACAAAUGCGCCGAGGAGCCCGGGGAACGCCCCCUCCUCCUCCAAAAGUGAUGAUGACGCCCCUUCUACGAACGGGCGGCUCCUCUGGGAUUUUUUGCAACAGCUUCUAAAUGACCAGGGACAGAGGUACACCAGCUAUAUACAGUGGAAGAAUAAGGACACUGGAGUAUUCAAGAUUGUUGAUCCGGCCGGAUUAGCCCGUCUCUGGGGUAUACAAAAGAAUCAUCUCUCGAUGAACUACGACAAGAUGUCUAGAGCACUUAGAUACUACUACAGGGUCAACAUCCUCAGGAAGGUUCAAGGAGAGAGACAUUGCUACCAGUUUUUGAGAAAUCCAAGUGAGUUGAAAAGCAUCAAAAACAUCUCCUUACUCCGUCAACAGAUGGAAGCUCAAGCUGCUGCUCAGCAGCUCACUACAGGAGCUCAGCAGCUGCAAGCUGCUGCUCAACAAGCUGUCCUAGGUCACAUGUCCCCAAUCAAGUCGGAGGAUGCCCCAGUCUCACCUCAUAGCGACGAACCGACAGAUUUGUCGACCACGACCGGUCGGGAUCGGGAGGAACGGGAACGGGAAAGGAUUGAACGGGAGAAAUAUUAUUCUCAACUAAUGGAGAGAUAUAAUAUUGAGAGAUCCAGUCCUAGCAGAUUUUUCCAGGGAUCGGUCUGAGGAGAGAGAGGAGCCGAGAAAUCAUUUUGAUUACAGGCAUCUAAUUCCCCAGGUUUCAAUCAAGACGGAGUAAAGGAUAAGAUCCUCUUCUCCAUGAUUAAACUCCUUCUGGGAGAAUUGAAAUAUUACUCUUCAAGGCUGUUUGAGCGGAUCAGUGAGAAAAGACGCCUGAAAAUCUGCAAAAAUAUGAGUUUGUAAAAGUGUGAACGAAGGAAGGAAGGAAGAAGAAGAAUAUGAAAGGGAAACAAGAAGGUGUUGAGAAGAGUUUUGAUAUUGUUUCUCUAUGUGAUUAAAUGUAUUCUAUUGUUGCCAAACGUAACUUUGUUCUGUUAAUUCCUGUUCUUGG